AUGGCGGGUACACCAAAAAAUUAGCACUGCAGGAAUAAAAUAAGAAAACGAAAAACAAUCGGAAUUUGGCUCCCUUUACUCAUUGAUUUCUACAUCAUUUUACCAUAUUAUUAUUGUAAAGAUAGUUGCGUUGUUAUUGACUUUGAUGAAUGAAAGUGGACCUUGGUUGGACAGCAUGUAAAUGGCAUGUUUGCAGACUUACUUCCUUCGAGAUUCGGGCAGGGUUGUCCAGCAUGUCCAGAGUCAGAGAGACGGACAUAUUCAAGCAAGAGAUGUAAAACACAGCCAGAGAGAUUCAUUUCAACUUCAAGACGUCUUGUCAAAGAGAGCAAGCGCAAGAAAUGUGAUGUUGGCUGUAUACACUGAAUGUGAUCGUCCAGCAAGCCAAGCAUAAGGAAAUCAGCAACAUGCAUCUAACCUUGCUUGUGAUGUCACUGGUGGUGACAUCAUGGACGUGGGUUGUCAUGGUUACUGGUACCUCAUCAUCAGAUUUGCUUGAAGUCAUUCCGUCAUCAAUCUCUGUGAAUUCAGAUCAUGAGAUGAUCAUCUCACAAAGUUUGGCGUCGUCCAAAGGUUCGUCAACUCCAGCUUUAAUUCCUAGCAACGCAGCUUUCUUGCCUACUCAAUCAUCCGCUAUGCUUUAUAGUAAAAAAUCAGUACUUUCAUCUAUUAACCCUACCAUGUCAUCAAAGACGAUGACAUCAUCAUUAUCAGCCCCACCAGGAACAGACCGCUCGUCUUUUAGCCACCAACCGAAGAACUCGGCACAGUUUUUAAGUACAGAACUUGGUUCUGUUCAGUCGUCAGAAAUUAAUAUAUUUGCAACGCCAAUGGAAUCGGUUAUGAACACAGUUGCUACGAGGCAUUCAAGUAUUCAGCUCAAAGAUUCAUUAACACCAAACCCAACUCCAUCUCUGAAAGCAUUCACGUCCAAUGAGCUUCAUCAGGACACGUCACUUUUUCAAACUGAUGGCCUUUUUCCAAGUUUCUCAGACUUUACAUCAACUACUAGGAUGGGUUUGAGCUUAGAUCACGCUAGUGAAUCUCAAAUGAUCUCCAGUCCCAACUUAAAAACACCAAGUUUGUUUACUUCAAUCAUUGAUGAUCAAAUGCAGACUUUGUCGUCAGAUCUUGGAGUCACGCUUGAUAACAGCUUGUUAUACAACCAAUCAAGUACAAUUCUUAAGACUACUGAAUAUCUCAGCUCAGGUUUGUCUCAACCACCAACGUUAAUGACCCAAGUUGAUGAUGUAGUUACUAUGGCAACAGACAUUCAUUCAUUGAUGACUGUUACCGAAGAGCAACGUUUAUAUGAGACUUUAGUCUCAAGCAUGAUGAACCAAGUUGCAAGUAGUGAGUCGUUUCUUUAUUUAAGCACAGUACAAUACGAUGAAGUACAGUCUACAAACCAAGCAUGGCGUGUUUCUGAAACGAGCAAAGUUAUGGAAACUACACAGUCUGUGUUGUUUUCAUCACAACUAAAUGCAAGUAGGGGAAUCUCCUCAUCAGAUACAAUGACAUCAUUGAAUCAUUUAAAGACUAAUUCAUUAAGUCUUUUAACACAGAGCAGUAUGGUUGCAUCCCUCCCAACACAGUUCAAUAGUUUGCCAACCCAUACUCCAUCAUCCUCUUUCCUUGCUCAAAGUGCUACUGAUCCAAGCUUUAUUUCAUUGCUUUCAGCUAAUAAUGCAAUAACACAGUCUCCAUCGCUAACUUCAUUGAGUUUAUCUAGUAGUAUGCAAGUAACAACUUCUUCCCAAUCUGCUUUGUAUCAAUUCAAUCUUUCUCAAUCAAGCAGUUCAUUUCAAUCUGGCUCUGUAGAUGCAUCGUUUGUUAGUUCAUUAAUCACAAAUCCCUCUGGUAAACAAUCCUCGAUAAUGACCCCUAUCCAGUCUCUUAUAACCCACCAUUAUUCAACUGAAACCACGACCCAAUCAGUUCACUUUGGAACCCAAUCCAACCAGCUUUAUCCAACAUUCUUACCAAAUGAACCAUCUAUGACGCAUGUCACAAGAACUGAAUCCAUAACGCCAUCAGUUCACUUUGGAACCCAAUCCAACCAGCUUUAUUCAACAUUCUUACCAAAUGAACCGUCAAUCACACAAAUGAAAAGAACUGAAUCCAUAACGCCAUCAGAACACUUUGAAACUUCAGUAUUUCAAGCAAGCCCCAGUUUGACACCAAGCUACAUCUCUGAGAGUCAAUUUAUAAAUGAUGGGUUUUUUUCGACGCCAGUCUUUGUACAAUCAUCCUUUAGUUCACCAAUCAACAAUAAUCCAUCCAGUUCAUAUUUUGCUGAUGAUAGAAGAAGUUCUAGUGUUUCCAUGCAAUUUCAGCUCGCUUCAUCUUCAGAAAUGCUUCAACUUUCUGCUUUGCUGUCGCUACAUAACAGUUAUACUCCGUCCAUGUCAAACGUUAUUCAAAUAUCACAAACAGAUCAGCGACAAUCUUCAAGUAGAAAGCUUUUAAGUAAUGGAUCAUCCGGAGUAGUCAUGGCAACAAAGACAUCAACAGAUCUGAUGUCAACGUUGUCCGGUACAACUUCUCCAACAACGUUGUCUGGUUCAGCUAAUCCAAUGACAUUGUCUGGAACAACUUCUCCAACACCAUGGACUGUUACAACUUAUCCAACGACAUUGUCUGGUACAACUUCGCCAACAACAUUGUCUGGUACAACUUCUCCAACAACGUUGCCUGGUACAACUUCUCUGACAUCAUUGUCUGGUUCAGCUAAUCCAAGGACAUUGUCUGGAACAACUUCUCCAACACUUGACGAGUCUUAUUCAACGAGACCAUUCCGGCUUACUGUGGAUGUCAUUGUUCCUGAAGUCACAGACAUCACGACUGAUGAUUUCAUUUCUACUCUAGAGUUAAGUCUAGCUCUUGCUUAUACCGAGGGAAAGACUCGACGAGACGACAGAGAAGCCGAAAUUCAGAAUCUUCUUGACAAACUCAAUCCUGAUAAUGACCCACUGCUUUAUAGACGCAAGAAAAGAGCUAUGACAGUCGAUGGCAACACUGCCCAGAUUGUUGAGAUAGCCCGUGACCCCACCUAUGCAGUAAAUGUUGUCAUCGUAUUUUACAUUGCUGUGGAAAGUGGAAGUAUACAAGCGACGGAGUCCAAAGCAAUAUUUGAUGAAUUAACGCUUACAGAGUUAACGUUUUAUCUUGGAGUUGUGGUGGAGACAAAUCCUAUUGAAGUAAUUCCGCCUGAUGUUGUCAUGACGACUCCUCCAGCUCCAGCGAGUAGCUAUGUUUGGAUCAUCCUUCUAGUUAGUGGUCUGAGUGGUUUCUUCUUUCUUGCAUGUUGCUGUUGUUUUUGUAUCUGUUGCCGUCGUCCAGUGAAGACGUCUCGAGAUGGAACGAUGGACAUGGAUACAUUAAAGAUGCUACAACAUCAACAGAAGUAUCCAUAUAAACCUUACAAGACACCAAACCAAACUCCAAGAGGUUUUGAUGUUGCCAAGGAAACGGAUACAAACAAUGAUGCAGCAGAUGGAUUGGAGGCUGGUGCUGGUAGUUCUGGAAUGAAACUUCAGCACAGCAGUACAGCAUCAGCAUUAAGGGACCAGAUGAGGGAUACAAGGUUAGAUAUGGAUGCCCUAUCCUCAUCAUCAGAAUCCCUUUCUUCACCUGUCCAUGGAGGACCAGUAGUACCCCCUCUACAGCUUCAACAUUUGCAGGAUAAAUCCCCCAAGAAAUCAACUGAAGAUGAGGAAGAGGUUUUUCAUAAGACUGUGUCAUCGUUAGAGAGCCGUUCCAGACCGAGCUCAAGGAAUCAUGGAGGGAUAGCUCAGCCGAGAUUAUUACCUCUAAGAACACGGAUGACUCAAGAUGUUGACCAAAGGAGUGCAACAUCUUCACCAAGAUCACCUCUCACCACAUCAAGAGAAGGAGAAGAAUUAAAACGACUCUACCAAGCAGCCCAAAAUGAAAUUUCACAAAUCUUGAAUCCUGACGCAACUUCAAAUCCCCCAGACUUGAUUUAUAUUUCACCGGACAAACGGAGAUCAAAGAAAGGAAAAUCCAGUAAGAGAAAAUGUGUUGAGAAGGAGACUAAGUUUGAUAGUGAGGAGAGAGGUCAAAUACUGCCAGAUACACAUUAUGCCAGGAGGUCAACCAAGCAGCAGAUGACAUCAUCAAAGCGUCAUCCAGAAGCAUUAAACGAAGCUAGAAGGAGAGUUCAUCAUCUGAUAGAUGAAGCCUUUUCAUUGGUCGGUUUAUCUAAGAACGCCGUCUCACCCUUAGCAACAGAUGAAGCGACAUCAACAGCAGACGAUAAGUUGUUUGUGAAGGAUAAAGAUGCAGCAUUGGGCGGAGGUCCAUACUCAACAUUGAAAGACAGCAGGACUUUCAUCACGGAACAUGAAGACAGAAAACAACCCAAGAAGAAGGAGGAGGAGGUUUCUGAUGUCGGAACUCGUGUCCUUGUAGUACCAGUUACGCAUAUACCUGAUAAGACGUCUGAUGUUGUAUGGAAUCCGUAUCACGCAGAGGAUGAGCUUAAUCAGCUUCAACAAUCACAGCAGCUGACCUCAUCGGUUGCUGGCAGAGUGGAUAGGAAACCCAAACCCGAUGAAGCACGUCAUCUACAUAUGCCUGAUCCAGUAAGUGUUGCAACACACACUUCUGAACCAUGGAUGAAAAGACUGACAAGAAAGACUGACCAAGAACAAACACUAAACCAAAGAACAACGUCCGAUGGACGCAACAUUGAGCCAUUCAUGGAGCAGCAAAGCUCUAGACGACACGUACCCGAUCUGGAAACGUCUCAAGUUGAUGAUCCAUAUCUGGAUCCCUACCUUAAGAAGAGUUCUCAUAACGAUUUGACCGCGAGUCAUAACUUACUUGAGUAUCCUAACGCUGCUUCGGAGGAAGACCCUUAUACGAUGAGAAUGUCCAGAGAUAAGAAAGAUGCUGUGGCAUCAGACCCAGAUCCUAAACAAGGUGAUAUGUUAUCGACCAUCGCAAUGGAGCGUAGAGUUGGUAAACCGAUUAAGGAUGGGUAUGAUGAGAUUGAUGUGUCAAGAGGGGCAGAGUCAACUAAUCUAGUAGCGGCAAUAAGAGAUGAGUUAAUACGAUUAGCUAAGAAGACUGAUCACUCUUAAAUCAAGAGGGCAGAGUCGACUAAUCUAGUAGCUGCAAUAAGAGAUGAGUUAAUACGAUUAGCUAAGAAGACUGAUCACUCUUAAAUCAAGAGGGCAGAGUUGAUUAACCUAGUAGCUGCAAUAAGAGAUGAGUUAAUACGAUUAGCUAAGAAGACUGAUCACUCUUAAAUCAAGAGGGCAGAGUCGACUAAUCUAGUAGCGGCAAUAAGAGAUGAGUUAAUACGAUUAGCUAAGAAGACUGAUCACUCUUAAAUCAAGAGGGCAGAGUUGACUAAUCUAGUAGCUGCAAUAAGAGAUGAGUUAAUACGUUUAGCUAAGAAGACUGAUCACUCUUAAAUCAAGAGGGCAGAGUCGACUAAUCUAGUAGCUGCAAUAAGAGAUGAGUUAAUACGAUUAGCUAAGAAGACUGAUCACUCUUAAAUCAAGAGGGCAGAGUUGACUAAUCUAGUAGCUGCAAUAAGAGAUGAGUUAAUACGAUUAGCUAAGAAGACUGAUCACUCUUAAAUCAAGAGGGCAGAGUCGACUAAUCUAGUAGCGGCAAUAAGAGAUGAGUUAAUACGAUUAGCUAAGAAGACUGAUCACUCUUAAAUCAAGAGGGCAGAGUUGACUAAUCUAGUAGCUGCAAUAAGAGAUGAGUUAAUACGAUUAGCUAAGAAGACUGAUCACUCUUAAAUCAAGAGGGCAGAGUCGACUAAUCUAGUAGCUGCAAUAAGAGAUGAGUUAAUACGAUUAGCUAAGAAGACUGAUCACUCUUAAAUCAAGAGGGCAGAGUUGACUAAUCUAGUAGCUGCAAUAAGAGAUGAGUUAAUACGAUUAGCUAAGAAGACUGAUCACUCUUAAAUCUUAUACAAGUAAUGAAUGUUUAUGAGUGCGAUGGUGCGAAUAUGUUUAUGAGUUGAUAGAUGGAAUUUUCUAUUCAAGUAGGCGGAGCCAAGUUGAAUGGAUGAUCCAUCUUUCCUUUAGGAUGCCUUGCCAACUCAAUAACUCAGAUUGAGAUAAUUUAGAUUCAGAUGUUGGUAUUUGGACAUUACUUCUGAUUGAAUUGCAUGACUGUAAAUACUUGCCGUUGUUUGGUUUGUCACCUUGCCGUGUCAAAAGACUUGAUGUUUUUUAAAUGAAGAAUUGACAGUAGUUCCACAAUUUUAGUUUUAACUGUACUGUGAAUAAUUUAUAUGCAAAUUAUAAGUAACCUUUUCAUGCUUUUAAAGGUACUGGAUACUAUUGGUAAUUGCUCAAAACAAUACUUUUAAACACUAAAGCUAAAGAGACCCAAAACGCAGUUUAAAAUGUGAAACUUGCAUCUCUUAUUGAGGGUUUAAAUGAAGUCAAAAUGAACACAGAAUGUAAUUUUUAGCUUCUUGGACCAACCUUAAUAUGUGAGAAGCAUGGACUAUUCAAAUUUAUAUUCAAUUUAUGAGUCAAUUUUCAGAUUCUUUAUUCCUACUGUUUUCAAUUUAAGUGUGCUUUUGAACUUGAAAUUUAUUGCUGCAAUUACAAAAAUUAUCUUCUUUAAAAAAAUUAUAAGUUUAAUAUCUUUGUGAUUUUUUAGAAAUAUCACUCUUUUAAAACUUCAAAAAAAAAAUUCUUAAAAUAUUUGCAAAUGUUGUACAUAAAUUUCUGCUUGUAAAUACAGUUUAGAGAAGUUUUGUUUAAUAUUUAAUGUUAAGGGUUUGAAGUAUAAGCUAACAUGCCUGGUACUUAUUAAUGUUUGAGCAGCUGCUAAAUUGUGAACCCAAACUAUCCUAAACAGGGUAUACGUAACAUUUUAUACUGCCGUCAAAUUUUUAGUUUCAUUUUGUUGUCCUGUCUAUUUACUAUCAAAGAUAGAGGGCAUGCUUGCCAUUGUCAUUAUGAGAUAAAGUCACCACAGAACCAAAGAGAAAUAUAUGAUGGCAUCUUUUGUUUUGAUCAAAUUGGGAAUGAAUUUGAGAUAGACAACAAGUUUAACAACAUAUCAUUUAAAUUGAUCCAUUAUUUCUUGUAUAAUAAUAUAAAAAAAGCUACACACCAAUGACUGGGAAUUAUACCCCAAAUACUGUGAGAAUUAUUACAUUUAAUUACUUUGGUAAUUAACAAUCUAAUUUACUUUAUUCACCAGUACUAUAAUAAAAUGUGGAAAUAAUCCGUUAACAUUUAAAUACCAAAUGAAAAAUUGACAUUAUCAAGAACAAACUUAAUUUUUAUUUUUAUUUAUUUCAUUUAUUUUAUUUUAUUUUAUUUAUUUGUUUACUUAUUU